GCUCACUUCACAUACGCUCAUCACCCCAUUUAACACUCCAGGCACCACUACCAACGUCAUUCACCUCCCACAAGCAGCAGACCCUCUCCCUCUCAUCCCCCAACAAGGUCUAACAUCCCUCAUCCUCCUCCCUUCUCAUCCAAUCAUAUCCCUCAUUCCACGUAUCACUCAAUACUCCCACUCUCCUCUAGUAAUCCACUUCAUCACUUCAGACUUAUCAUCCGCUAUCCUUCUCGCUGCUUUACUCCCUUUCGUACUCCUUUCAGCCACUACCAGGGAGACGAGGGAUCAUGCCCUCUUAGCUGCAAGGCUCGCAAAAACAGAGGGGAAGGCAGUCCUUCAUUUGGUACAUGAACACCUGGUGGACGACGACCAAGGGGGCGACUUGUCCGAUGAAGUUAUCAGCAAGUUCAUCAACACCGAAGUCAAGGCCGUUAAUGGGCACUUCAACGGCCACUCCAACGGCCACGCCAACGCAAAUGGGAAACCCACAGCACCAGACGAACCAGCCCUCACAGCGCUCUACGCCGCCUACUCCCUCUCCGCCGCCCAAACCCUGCUUCUCACAGGCCGCCCCCUCCCCGCAUACACCUACCACGGCCCCUCUAGCCCAAAGACGCUCAUCAUCCUCCUCGGCGCUCUCGACUCCAACUCCCUUCUCGACCUGUCUUCGCAGGAAGACACGGCCCUCGUCGCGCUGAACGUUGUCAAGCCUCUCCCGGCAUCGAAGCUGAGAGCUGCGGUUCCGGAGAGCGUGGACACUGUUGUCGUACUAGAACAGACCUAUUCCCGAGCAGCUAAAUGGAGCCAGCUGUACCUCUCGCUCGCUCAGUCCCUUCCCCCCAGCGUGAAACUCGUCAGCGCAACACUCGGCCAGCCUCCUUUUUCCCAGAAACUCCUCUCCGAGCUGCUGGCCGACGCGCACUCCCCGGCAACCGGAACGGUCAACAAGCUCUACGGCCAGGCCCCUGCUGCCCAAAGGCGGAAGAUGCCAAAGCACGAACUAGCGUAUGUCCAGCUUCUGGAAAGCGUCUUCCAGGACAGGCUCGAGCUGCUCAACCCUCCAAAAGGGGAGCCGAGCCCCGAGUAUGCGCUAGGUGUUGCUCAAGCGGGGGACGACGCGCGCAAGAAGCUGGAAAAGGUUGUCACCCUUCUCCUGAGGGACGGCUCCGUCCCUUCCGAAGCACACAAGCUGCUCUCCCUCUGGCUCAAGGAGCUUCACACCCCUGCCUCCUCUCAGCUAGGGGAACAAGUGCUCCUUGCCCUCGACUCCCACCCGCAGGCCCAGGCCCUCCAGUCUUUGCGCAAAGCCUUCCCGUACCGCGCUAGGUGGAUACUCAACUCCGACAGCUGGGCGUCCGACCUCGGCCUAGGCGCGCUGCACCAUCUUCUUGCCAGCGGGUCGGACGUCAACCUCCUCCUUCUGGAUACGACUCCCCCUGGUCAGGGGAAAGGGAAAAAGGACGCAGGGCUGUACGCUCUGAACAGGGGGAACGUAUACGUCGCCAGUGUCGCCUUAUACUCCUCCUACGCCCAAGUGCUGCAAGCGCUGCAGGAAGCAGCAGACUUCCCAGGCCCGGCGGUCGUGCUCGCCUACCUCCCUUUUGGGGAAUCGGACCACACCCCUGCGCUCGAGGUGCUGAAGGAAACGAAGCGUGCUGUAGACUCUGGGUAUUGGCCACUCUAUCGCUGGGAUCCUAGGAAAAAGGAACCUUUUGAGCUGGAUAGCGAGGUUCUUAAAGCUGAUUUAUCCGAUUUCCUGGCGAGGGACAAUCAGCUGUCGUUACUUGAGAGCGCGGGGGCUAGCACGUUGCUCCAGAGUCUGGGGGAGCAGGUACGCCAAGCGAGGGAGGAGAAGUCCAAGCUGGCAUACGAACACCUGCUCCGGGGCUUAGGGGGGGCGAAGGUGAACGUGCUUUAUGCGUCGGACGGGGGGAGGGCGGAGAAGGUCGCUAAGCGGUUGGCGGGGAGGGCUAGGGCUAGAGGGCUGCAGGCACAGGCUUGGGCGAUGGACGAGGUUGGGGUUGAGAGCUGGCUUGGGCUCCGAGGGAACGGGGAGGGAAAGGGGGAAGCGGCUGGGGAAGGGGGGGAGGAGGGUUACACGGUAUUCGUCACUUCCGUUGCUGGGCAGGGGGAGAUGCCCCAGAAUGGGAGAAGCACCUGGCGCGCCCUCGGUGCUCUCCUUCCCAAGUCCCAGGACGCCCCAGCCCCAGCCCCAGCCCAGCCGGCAGCUCCCCCACUCCAAGGACUCAAAUACUCCGUUUUCGCCCUGGGCGACAGCCGUUACUGGCCCCGACCCGAAGAUGCGCAGUUCUACAACAAGCCCGGGAAGGAACUUGAUGCCCGCCUGUCACUGCUCGGGGGUGAGCGGGUUGCUCCCUUGGGGUUGGGGGACGACCAAGCUUCCGACGGCCCAGAGACGGGGUACGCGCUCUGGGAACCUGAACUCUGGCGCGCUCUCGGUGUGGAUGGGGUAGAAGUCAUCGAGGCUGAACCUGAACCGGUCACGAAUGAGCAUAUUAAGAUCUCCUCCAACUAUCUUAGGGGUACGAUCCUCCAAGGGCUUGCGGACGAGAGCACUGGCUCGCUCGCUCCUUCCGACGGGCAAAUCACGAAAUUCCACGGGAUUUACGAGCAAGAUGAUAGGGAUAUACGCGAGGAACGGAAGGAGGCUGGCUUGGAACCUGCGUACGCGUUCAUGAUCCGUGUCCGGCUUCCCGGGGGGGUCUGUACUCCUGAGCAGUGGCGUGCGAUCUCGCAGAUCGCGGACGAGCACGGGAACGGGACGUUCAAGCUUACAACGCGACAGACGUUCCAGUUCCACGGAGUUAUCAAGCGCCACCUCAAACCCGCGGUGCAGGCUAUUAACCGCGCUUUGCUUGAUACGAUCGCCGCGUGCGGGGACGUGAACCGGGGAGUGCUGUGUUCUGCCCUUCCGGCGCUGAGCGUGUUGCAUAAGGAGACCUGGGCACUGGCGAGGAAGAUCAGUGAUCAUCUUAAGCCUCGCACGAGCGCGUAUCAUGAGAUCUGGCUGGACAAGACGCUGGUUGCUGGGGAGGCUGUCAAGGACCUCGAACCGCUUUAUGGACCGUACUACCUCCCUAGGAAAUUCAAGGUCGCUAUCGCUGUCCCGCCUAACAAUGACGUAGACGUGUUCUGUAACGACGUUGGGCUGAUCGCCAUCGCGGAUCAAGCGGGCCAUUUGGCGGGGUACGACGUUUGCGUCGGAGGGGGAAUGGGGGUUACUCAUUCGAAUAAGAAGACCUAUCCCAGGUUGGGGGACGUAAUAGGGUUCGUGGAGCCUGGGGAAGCGCACCUCGUUUGUGAGAAGAUACUCCUCGUGCAGCGGGAUAAUGGGAACCGGAAAGAUCGGAAGAACGCCAGGUUGAAGUAUACGAUCGACCGGAUGGGCCUGGACGUCUUCAAGCUCGAAGUGGAAAAGCUGCUUGGGCAUCCGCUUGCUCCUCCUCGCCCGUACAGGUUUGAGAACAACCUGGACCAAUGGGGGUGGAAGCAGGACCUAGAGGGAAAAUGGAACUUUACGAUGUUUAUCGAGAAUGGGCGGGUGCAGGACGAGCCUUCCAAGCCGUACAAGACUGGCUUGACAGAAAUCGCGAAGGUUCAUAAGGGGACGUUGAGACUUACUGCGAACCAGCAUUUGAUACUUGCGGAAGUUGAUGAGGCGGAACUGGAGGGGAUGAAGGCUUUGCUACGAAAGUACAAAUUGGAUAACUUGCAGUAUUCUGGGCUUAGGCUGUCUUCUUCUGCUUGUGUCGCCUUCCCCACCUGUGGGCUAGCAAUGGCCGAAUCCGAACGUUACCUCCCGGUGCUGAUCGACAAAGUCGAAAAGUACUGCGAAGAAGCCGGGUUGAGAAACGACGAGAUCGUCAUGCGUAUGACGGGCUGUCCGAACGGGUGCGCGAGGCCGUAUGCUGCUGAAGUCGCGUUUGUGGGUAAGGCUCCGGGGUCGUAUUUGAUGCUUUUGGGGGGUGGGUUUUAUGGUCAGCGGUUGAACAAGAUCUACCGGGAAACAGUGACUGAGCCGGAAAUACUUGCUAUUCUCAAACCGAUGAUCAAACGUUAUGCGAUGGAACGAAAUCCCGGUGAGCAUUUUGGGGAUUGGACGAUCCGUGCGGGAUAUAUCUCUCCUACGACGUCUGGCAAGGAAUGGUACGACGGCAUGGGGGGGAACGUAUAACCCGCAAGCAUUGAAAACUAGAGGCUUGUCGUUUGUCGUAUUUAUGAAUUUUCGCGGAAAUCCAAAGGGCCUUGGCUUGGUGUAUGACUACAGGCACAAUUUAUCGC